AUGGCGGGGAGCUGUUCCGGGCCGGGCCGUCUAUGGAGACUCUGCAACCUGCUCAUGGCCGCCUUCUUCGGGCUGGCGGCCGCCGUGCAGAUAAAUGACCCUGAUGCAGGACUGUGGAUAGUGGUCUACGUUGUACCUGCUGUCCUUACACUGCUUGUUGGCCUUAAUCCGUCAAUUACAGAUAAUGUUGUCUGGAGGAGCCUGUCGGAUCUGCAUUCUGCUGCUUGUUUAGUUGGGACCAUUGCCUUGGGGUGCUCUUUGUUCGCUUAUGCAAAAAGUAACAUCUUGCAUGAAGAGGAAGGAAGGGAGUUGUUUGGUCUGGUGAUUAUUACAAUAUGGAUGAAUCUUUGCCGCAAUUCAGCAAAAAAUCCUCUGGGUGGAAUUCGUCUGAUGGUUGCAAUUUCUCUCUCUCUCUUCCCCUUUGUAACAUGGCUUUACAUUUACAUGAACUCAGAGAUGCGAUCAUCCUGGCCAACUCACUGCAAAACUGUGAUUUAACCAGAAAGGAACAAACACACACAAUAAAUAUUCUAACAGCUAUUUGCCUUCAGCUUUCGGUUCUCAGUUGAAAACUGGUAUCGGACCAACAGGAACGGCAGCUAUGGACCAAGAGCACUUUGCUGCCUCAAACAGCGCAGUUUGAGAUUUGUUAUCAUUAUUAUUCAGCCAUCUCCUCUUUCCAUGGACCAACCUGUGGAUUUCAAACUGUGGCCUUCAUGUAGUGAUGACACCACCGCUCCUAUAUCACUGUCUCCUCCAGUACUACAAUGAACAGGGGCAGACUAGAUCCCGGUA